AUGUUGACUCGCUCCCCGCCAAUCUCCCCCCGCUUCCGCUCCCCUCUCGGCGACUCCCCUUUAGCUUCCCCUUUCGCCGCAUCUCCCGCCAAUACUCCCGCCGCGAUUCCCGCCGCGUCUAACGCCGGCUCCGCGCGUCACAGCGGGCCGAAACUGGUUCUGGUCGGCGUGACUCUGCACCAAUCAGGAGGCUCCUUUUGGGGGGGAGUGCGCGGCGGAAGCGAGAGAGACGCCGGGGGAGGCGGAGGGGGCAGCGCGGGUGUGACUGUAUCGAAGGAUGGACUGGCGCUGGUGGAUUUCGCUUUAUCGAGGCUGGUUGUACCGGGGGACAGGGUGGUGGCUCUGGUGAUACAAACGGGCGGGGAGAAGGGGGAGAAGGGGGAGCGGGAGCGGGGGGAGCAGGGGGAUAUUGAGGCGCGGAUGGUGGUGCUGGCGGCGCUACAGCCACUGGCGGAAGUAGCUUCCGCCAAACAGGUCCGAGUGGAGGUGUGCGUGUGUUGGGCGGCGGACGUGCCCCAGGGGCUGCUGCAGGGGGCAUUGACGCUGGGAGCAGGGAUCGUGGUGCUGGGUGCUGCCAAAAAAGGCAGCCUGGGCUUUAAGAGCUACUCCAUCUCCUCAGCUACUCAGGACACAGUGGCUCAUCUGGCUCGUCGCCUCCCCACCACCACCAAGGUCAUGCUCGUCUCACACGGCGCCUGCUCCCUCUCCAAAUCCGGAGAGCUCUCCACCGCUCCCAACCCCUCUCCCUCUCCUCUCCACCCUUCUGCAUCGCCUGUCUCCCCACUCUCCGCCCUAAACACACCUUCGGCUGUCUCUGCUGCUUCUAGUGCCUCGUAUGCCCCCUCUCCCGGUUCUGCAUCCCCUUUAAGAGGUGACCCUUUAAGAGGCGACCCUAGGGAGUGCCAGGCUGUUGGUUUUGGGUCUGAGUUUGGGGUGGGAAGCGGGGAGAGAGGGGGGAGUGGGGAGGGAGAGGGGAGGGGAGGGGGGGAGACGAUGGAGGUAGAUGGGGAGGGGAUGACAGCAGCAGCAGAUGGGGGAUGGAAGCAAGGCCACACCGUCCUCAUCUCCCCCAACCCUCUCAAUCCCUCCUCCGACCUCCUCCCUCCUCCCCCGCCUUCGGAAAUACUCCGGGAGGUGUAUGGGAGAGAGGAGUAUGGGGAGCAAGAGUUUACACUUGAACAGAUUUUGCAAGCCACUGAUAAUUUCAACCCCAAGAAUGUUCUGGGGGAGGGCGGAUCCGGGCAGGUUUUUCUGGGGACGAUUACAAUGGCGGUUCCAGAUUUUGGGGGAGGGGUGGGAGGGGGAGGGGGGGAAGGUGGGAGCGGGAGAAUGAAGGAAAUUCUUGCGGGCAGCAAGCAAAAAGUUGCGGUGAAGCGGCUGAGGUGGUGGGGGCCUGCCCUGGCUGAAAAAAAGUGCGCGGUCAACACGAAACAAUUCCUCACGGAGCUUCGGGUGGUUCGGAAGGUUCGGCACCCGAACCUGCUGCGCAUGCUCGGCGCGUGUGUGACAGCUGGCGAGCUCCUAAUGGUCUUUGACUACCUCCCGAAUGGCGCUCUGGACAUGCGGUUACGGGAUAACCGCAAGCCGCCGCUGACGUGGCAGCAGCGGCUGGAGAUUGCGAGUGGGGCGGCGAGGGGUUUGGCGUUUCUGCACAGUGGGUGCCGCCCGCCUAUCAUCCACCGGGAUGUGAAGUCGGGGAAUAUUUUACUGGAUGAAGACUUGGAACCCGUGGUAUCGGACUUUGGGUUGGCGAAAGUCGCACCGGAGCAUUUCACACAGCCAAUGACUGUUACGGCAAUCAUGGGCACACAAGGCUAUGUAGCACCGGAGUAUGUGCGGACAGGCAAGAUCACACAAGCGGUGGACGUGUUUGCAUUCGGAGUGGUGUUGCUAGAGCUCAUCACAGGGCACAUCCCCUUCCACCCAAGCAGAACACCCGCCUACCUCUUUGCAUGGGCAAUCCCAGUGGCCAAAUCAGGGGAGUUUCAUCGCCUAGUAGACUACCGUCUAGAGGGGCGGUACGACCCGAGCCAGCUGCAGGCAGUGGCGAUGCUGGCUGUGAUCUGCCUUGCCAGCAACCCCAAGGACAGACCCGCCAUGGCUGAUUCAGCUGCAGGCAGUGGCGAUGCUGGCUGUGACCUGCCUCACCAGCAACCUUAG